AUAUUAAAUUUGUUCGGAGAGGAAUAAUGAGAUAAUGGCAAGUGUGGAUGCUGUGAAGGCUCUCCGAUCGGUGCUGCAGCGCGUCCACCAGGCCGCAGAGAGGUCAGGCCGUCGCGGCGACGACGUCCGAGUGGUGGCCGUCGGCAAAACUAAGCCCAUUUCCCUCAUUCGCCAGCUUUACGACGCCGGUCACCGUCGUUUCGGUGAAAAUUACGUCCAAGAAUUCAUCGACAAAGCCCCUCAGCUUCCUCAAGACAUCAUCUGGCAUUUUAUCGGCCACUUGCAGAGCAAUAAAGCAAAGUCACUUCUGGCUGCUGUUCCCAAUUUGGCCGUGGUUGAGGGUGUUGAUAAUCAAAAGAUUGCGAAUCACCUUGACCGUGCUGUUGCCAGCAUCAAACGAGAGCCGUUGAGGGUUUUGGUGCAAGUGAAUACCAGUGGAGAAACUUCCAAAUCCGGAGUUGAUCCCUCAGGUUGCGUAGAGCUAGUGAAACAUGUUAAAAUGGGCUGCCCAAAUCUUGAGUUCUCCGGCUUAAUGACGAUCGGGAUGGCGGAUUAUUCCUCAACUCCUGAAAACUUCAAGACUUUGUCAAAUUGCAAAGUUGAGGUUUGCAAGGCAAUCGGAAUGGCUUUGGAUCAAUGCCAGCUGUCAAUGGGCAUGUCUGGUGACUUUGAACAAGCGAUUGAACUAGGCAGUACAAGUGUAAGAAUUGGAUCUACCAUAUUUGGACCAAGAGAGUAUGCAAAGAAACGGUAGUUCUCAAGUAUCCACUUGUUGCUGAAAUAUCUAUAAUCAAUCAGAGUUUUAGUUGUCCAAGAUUAUCCUAUGACAAGUAUUCAUUGAAAAUGAAUAGCAGUUGGUGGUAACCCUUCAAGGACUUGGUGUACAAAAAUUUGUUUGGACCUUUUUCAUAUAAAAAUACAGAUGAAAUGUUGUGCUUCACAAGACACAGAUAUGUAAAGUUCAUAUAUUGCACUUUUGGUCGAUUCCAGUUGAAAACUCAA